UACGACAAAGAAAAUUCUACGUUGGAAGUGAUGAGAAGUUUGAAGAAAGACCAUUUGAUUAGAGCCAUUGCGACAUACAAAAAAGGCAAUGACAGGUAUUUCUUGUUUCCAUGGGCUAAAGGUGGGAACCUGCAAGACAUGUUGGAAAAAGAUGAAAGAAAACUUGAUAAAGAUCUGAUAAACUGGAUCGUUUGCCAGAUUGUUGGUCUGUCUGAAGGCAUUGCAGCUUUACACGCAAAUAAUAUUCGACAUGGAGACAUCAAGCCAUCCAACAUUCUUUGUGAUGGGCCUGACCUCGGAGCGUCCAACAAAUCAAUCCUACUGAUUGCAGAUGUUGGCCUUGCAAAGAAGCAUGAAGAAUACACCCGUUAUCGACCUAAAAUUACGACAACUAGGCACGGAAGUAUCACAUAUGAACCCCCAGAGGUAUCCCCAAAGAAGGAGCUUGGUCGUCUUUCUCGAAAAUACGAUGUAUGGUCACUGGGAUGUGUCUUCUUGGAGCUCAUCAUCUGGGCAGUCUAUGGCACAAAUGGGAUUAAAACGUUCCAUAAAGAACUCAACAAAAAUGCCACGCCCCAAUUUUGGAAAGACCGCAAGGUCCACUCUGGUGAAAAAGUUCACUCUAUUGUGAAGAAGAGGUUUAAAGAUUUGAAAAAAGAUUUGAAGAAUCUACCGGCACUUGCUCAUCUUGUUGAAUUCAUUGAGGAAAAGCUGUUGAAAGUAUCAGUCGAUGAAAGACCAUAUUCUACGGCAGUAUAUGAUAAGCUGAAAACUAUUAAACAAGAUAUUGACAACAUUCCAGAGGAUCGUUUCAAUGCUGAGCUCACAAAAUUAGUACCAAAAAGGGAAACACCAGCACCAGCUGAAUCUACCAACGCAGGCACCAACCUCGCAACUCAAGUAAGCUAUUCAAUCUUUCCUGCCUUGGUUUACAACAACUAACAGGGAUUAUCAAUAGCGAUCAAGCCGACUUGAAGAUACAUGGCGCAUUUUACCUGAGAACGGUUGGGUGAAGACUUUGAGAUCUCAACGUGAUUGGAGCUCACCAGCGUUGGCGAGGCAUAUUUCUAAGUCCUGUCAAUUUUAUCAAAUAUUUGAAUCUGAGUUGUUAAGCUCAGAUCUAGAUGUGAGCAUUAGCCAAUUACGGUUUGACUCUCGCAAAUGUCCCCUAUGUCGCUUCCUUCUCCUCUGCCUGAAAAGAACAUCGUUGAAACUGGAGGAAUCCAUGAAAUUGCUUUUGGAUGAAAAGUCGCACGCACUGCGUAUCUCUUCUGAUGGCACUCUCAUUGCGUCAAUUUAUUCGGAUCCAGGUUUGUAGUAACUGACCCGAUAUGUCUUGAAUAUGAAACUAGCUAAAGUAUGCCCAGCAUCUAAACUCAAAUCAUCGUACGCACAAGUCGGGCGGCCACUUCUUCCCAAAUAUCCUGGUAAACAACGCAUACUCAUGAAAAACUGGGUUGAUGAGUGCAAUAAAACGCAUGAAUGCAUGUGGCAUAAGACAUCCGCCUAUAUG